UGUGUGUGUGUGUGUGUGUGUGUGUGUGUGUGUGUGUGUGCGCGCGCGUGUCUUAUAUAGAACCUGCUCACUCAUUCGUUUGAUAAAAAAAAAAUCCCAAGAAAUCCUAUAAGUGGAGCAAUACUGAAAAUGGCAGCAUUAUAUGGUACGUUUAUUGCCUGUCUUAGAGUUAAUAGGUAAAGAUCUUUUAGAGUUUCACAGUGCUUACGUUUUAAUAUCAUGUAGUCAGAGGGGGGCGGAUAUCCCCAUGGCCUUUUCAGUGUUGAUAUAAGUUUCCGGAAAUUUAAGACGCUAUGUACUCGGACUUCACAGGUUUCACUUUUCCUCACAUGAGUCACUGAGGGCGACCGUGUGGAUUGCUGCUCGGUUCAUUGACUUCACGGACGGAUUUUGACAUUAAUUUAAUUACUUUGACAUUAAUCAAAGCGGUAACAACAGCGCCGAUUGGAAUAAUUCUUCUACAAAUUGCAAUACAACUUUAGCAGCAUAUUCCUUCAUGUAGAUCGGAUCCAUUUGUCCUGUUCAACGGCACAGCGCAACAUGAGGACGUUACUGGGAGUGUUAAUGGUGGCAAUUGUCUCAGGUGAUAAUGAGGUGACUAUCAAUGGCACCCUGGAAGGCAGUGUCCUUCUGCCAUGCAACUGCUCAGGGAGAAAUUUGGAGGAGGAGUUUAGGUGGCAAAUUGACGAACCAAAGAUGAAUGAGGUGUUCUCGCACAACACGAGCACUUCACGCUUCAAUGGCAGCUACAAGGACCGAGCCAAAAUAUUUGUGGCUGAGAACAGCAGUGACUGCUCCCUUCUCCUAACCAAGAUCACAGCAGAUGACCAGGGAAAAUACAAAUGCAGUUAUGAUUAUGGAGGCCAAUAUCAGCGUUUUUUUAUUAAUCUGAACAUCUUUGCAAACUACACUGUUUGUCAAAACUCUUCCGAGAAUGGUGCCAUAAACACUUACCACUGUCAUGUUGAAGGACGCUACCAAGAAGCCGAGAUACAGUGGUAUUUGGAAGGAAAUGUUCUUACAAAUUCAUCCAAAACUGAGAUAACCCACACUGACCCUGUGGGUGCUCCUAAUGGCCUCUACAGUUUCGAUAGCCAACUUGAGACUGAACACAACUGGACUUCAAAGCCUGAAUGUGACGUGACAGCCAAAGUCAUAUCGCCUAUCAUUAGCAAUAACUGUGAACGACAGACUGAUCCACCCAGCAAAAUCAUUGCCCAACCAAAAUACAUCAUGAGAUACUCAUUCAAAAUCAUUCCCAUUGUGUUGGUGCUUGGACUUUCCCUCUUCUUGUGUCACCGUUGGAAAAUCUCACGCUGAGUCGGGGUAUACCGAGGAUAAGAGGAAUGGAGACAGAUGACUUACAGUGAUAAAUCAGAUAAGAUGAUGAUCCAAUGUGAAAGUUUCAAAAACAGUUUCCACUGCAAUGGUGGUUAGUUAUGACUGUGCCAUCAUGUCCAUGCAGAGACUGUUUACAGGCAGGUUACAUCUUGUGUUCAUGCCAUUCAUUCUUUUUCUGACAAUACCAUCCACUUUGUGAACUUGUUGAUGUUGACAUUCUCUCCCGAGAGCUCAGAGACUGUCAAAAGAGCGUGCCCUCUGUGAGGAUGAACUGAUAUAUUGAAAUGCAAACAGUUACACCUCUGUAAUUAACAAAACCCAAAAAUUGUAAAAUCGUCUUACAGCAAAAAUAAAUCACUAAAUGUGUGCACUAGAUUCCUUACCAGGUGAUGCAUGGUGAGGCUAUUCAAUCAAAAUAACUGCAUUAUUCACUCUAUAAACCCAAAAACUAUGAGACCCAUUUUUCAGUCUUUAAGUUCUAGAUGUCCUUCAUCACAACAGAAAUGCAGCAUAAAACUGAGCCAUUUAAUGUUUUAAUGUACCUUGGCAUAUACAUUUUAAGUGCCAUCAUUUGCAUGUGUAAAAAUAUGAAUUCUGGAUUGAUAUGGACCAAUUUUAUAAGCUGUUUUAUCAUUGUUUGCAAUUAAAGUGUUGUUCAUUAUGCAUUGUUCAUUCCCACUUAUAUAAAUGUUACACGUGCUAUGUAUAUAUUUGUGGAAGGUGUAUAAAAACUAUAUGCUUGAGGGCCACUAUGCUGUGAUUUUCUUUUAAAGGUCCUUGGACAAGGGUGUGAUUUGUUUCAGCUUUUGUAAAUAAAGUUAAAGUGAUUUUAUGUAAUGUAUAGUACAUCAGGGUUUUGGAUACAUAUAGCAUUUUUGUGACAUUCCUAAUGUUGUUUUGUCAUGUGUUCUUUCUGUAUGUAAAUUGCUUUGAUGUGUGACAGUAAAAGACUAUAAAAGCUUAGCUGAAGAACA